AUGACUGCAGCCGCCGCCACCGCCGCCGCCGCAGAGACCGCGGCGCUCUCCGCUGGCCGGACGUUUUCGGCGCGCGCCAUGGAGGCCGGCUCGGAGCAGGCAGCUGCAGCGGCCGAUCCUGGCCCGGCGGCCCCCCCUUCGGGCUCGCGCGGGCUGGGGGGCGUCGGCUCGGCAGAAGCCCUGGCGGUGCUGGGCGCGGUGGGGCGGCGCCUGCUCUGGCUGCUGCCCGUGUACCUGGCGGGCCGGGCGGGGCUCAGCCUGGGCUUUGUGGUGGCCGGGGUGGCUCUCUACAUGGGCUGGAAGGGCCGGCGCCUGGGCAAGGAGCGCUCGCUGCGGAUGGCCGGGCUGCUGCUGAGUGACGAAGAAGGGGCGGUGAGCAGCGGAGGGCUGGGCCGAAGCCUGGGCAAGAGCGACCUGCCCGCGUGGGUCAGUUUCCAUGAAGUUGAGAAAGUUGAAUGGCUCAACAAGAUUCUGGCCCAGGCAUGGCCCUUCUUUGGCCGGUACAUGGAGAAACUGCUGGUGGAGAACAUCACACCAAAUAUCCGGGCCUCCAACAGCCAUUUGCAGACGUUCACCUUCAGCAAAGUUGACAUGGGAGAGAAGCCACUGAAAAUCCUUGGAGUCAAGGUUCACAAUGGCAUGAACAAGAAGCAGAUCUUGCUGGACCUAACAGUCAGCUAUGUUGGUGAUGUUCAGAUUGAUGUGGAAGUGAAGAAGUAUUUCUGUAAGGCCGGGGUGAAAGGCAUGCAGCUGCAUGGCAUGCUACGGGUCAUCCUGGAACCUCUCAUUGCUGAUAUCCCUAUUGUAGGGGCAGUCACCGUGUUCUUCAUUCGCCGGCCAACUCUGGACAUCAACUGGACUGGAUUUACCAACCUCUUGGACAUCCCUGGACUGAGCUCAGUUUCUGACACAAUGAUCAUGGACUCCAUUGCCUCUUUCUUGGUUCUGCCCAACCGCUUGCUCAUCCCAUUGAUCCCUGACCUUCAUGAAGCAGCCGAGCUCCGCUCUCCAGUGCCCAGGGGUGUUGUCCGUGUGUAUCUGAUAGAGGCCAAAGACCUGCAGUCUAAGGAUAAAUACAUCAAGGGGAUGAUUGAGGGCAAGUCAGACCCAUAUGCUGUUGUGCGUGUGGGUACCCAGCUCUUUACCAGCAAGGUCAUUGAUGAAGAUCUCAACCCUACAUGGAAUGAGAUGUAUGAGUUCAUUGUACACGAAGUACCAGGACAGGAACUGGAGGUGGAGCUGUUCGACAAGGACCCUGACCAGGAUGACUUCUUGGGCAGGAUGAAGCUGGACCUUGGAGAGGUGUCCAGGGCUUGUGUGCUAGAGGAGUGGUUCCCCUUGCAAGACGGUGGCCGAGCACGGGUGCAUCUGCGCCUGGAGUGGUUGACACUUAUGUCAGAUUCCUCCAAGCUGGAUCAGGUUCUUCAGAGGAACAAAACUAUCUCCUCCAAACCAGAGCCUCCAUCAGCUGCCAUCUUGGUUGUCUAUCUGGACAAGGCACAAGAGCUCCCAUUGAAGAAAUCCAGCAAGGAGCCCAAUCCUGUAGUACAACUGUCUAUCCAAGACGUCACUCGUGAGAGCAAGGUUGUCUAUAAUACUGUCUCCCCUAUCUGGGAUGAUGCCUUCCGUUUCUUUCUGCAAAACCCAGCCAAAGAGGAUAUUGAUAUACAGGUCAAGGAUGACAACCGUCAGACUACACUGGGCUCUGUCACUAUCUCCCUGUCUCGCUUGUUGAGUGCCGACAAUUUGACCCUUGAUCAAGGGUUCCAGCUGGAGAACUCUGGACCCAACAGCCGCAUCUACAUGAAACUCAUUAUGCGGGUCUUAUAUCUUGAUGCCCCUGAAGGUUGCCUCAUCCCUCGGCCAUGUCCUCCGGGACAUCUGAACGUUACUGAGAGUGCCUAUCUUGGCAGCAGCGUUGACAAGUCUCCUCGGCCUCUCACAGCCAGCCCAGAUGCCCAGUUUGGCACUGAGAACGUGAUUCGUAUUCAUCUUCUGGAGGCAGAGAACCUCAUUGCCAAGGAUAAUUUCAUGGGUGGGAUGAUCAAGGGCAAGUCGGACCCUUACGUCAAAGUGCGCUUAGGUGGCCAGAGGUUCCGCAGCCGUGUCAUCAAAGAGGAGCUCAACCCCCGCUGGAGUGAGAUCUAUGAGGUCAUAGUGAAUGAUGUCCCAGGCCAGGAGGUGGAAUUUGACUUGUAUGACAAAGAUGUUGACAAAGAUGACUUUCUGGGAAGGUGUAAGAUCCCUCUGAGACGAGCACUAACCUGCAAGUUUGUUGAUGAGUGGCUCCCCUUAGAGGAUGUGAAAUCAGGACGGCUCCAUGUGAAACUAGAGUGCCUGCCUCCCAUACCUAGUGCUGCUGAGCUGGAACAGGUACUGUUGGUGAACAGUUUGAUCCAGACACCAAAGAGUGAGGAACUGUCAUCUGCCUUACUGUCUGUCUUCCUUGACAGGGCAGCUGAGUUGCCGCUGAGGAAGGGCUCAAAACCCCCAAACCCAUAUGCCAGUCUCUCUGUCCGUGGUACCUCCUAUAAGACCAAGGUUGCCUCUCAAACAGCAGAUCCAAUAUGGGAUGAAGCUUUCUCCUUCUUUAUAAAGAGGCCCCACACAGAAUCUUUGGAGUUGCAGGUGAAGGAUGAUGGGCACAUUGUGGGGAUGCUGUCACUUCCACUUUCUCAGCUGCUGGCAGCAGAGGGGCUUGUCCUUGACCGCUGGUUCCCACUCAGUAACUCGGGUCCUGGCAGCCAGAUCCUGAUGCGAGUGCAGCUUGGGGUUCUUAUCUCUCAGCACUCUGGUGUGGAGGCCCUUAAUAAUGUGGCAGGUGAAGAGAAUGGAGAAGGUUCCCAGAAGGGAUCUGAGACUGAGCUGUGUAUCAGGGAGGAUGGAGACUCUGGUUCCACACAGGAGCUGCGCCAGCGCAUGCCGUAUGCCCACAGCCACUCAGAGCUGUCGGACUCCCCCCUUGGCCAGCUGCGUCUCACUGUUUGGUACCACAUGGAUGCGCGCAAGCUUGUUGCCAUUGUGCACGCCUGCAGGAACCUUAAGUCAAGCACCAAGGAUUUUCCUGACCUCUACGUCUCUCUCAUUCUUCUGCCUGACAAAUCCCGUGUUACCAAGAGAAAGACUACUCUGCGGAAGAAGACUCUUAAUCCUGAGUUUAACGAAAAGUUUGAGUGGGAUCUACCCUUGGAAGAAGCCCAGCGAAGGAAGCUGGAGGCCUACAUUAAAAAUGGUGCCUCUUUCAUGUCACGGCCAGAGGCAAUUGGAAAGGUGCACCUUGACCUCUCACAGAUGGACCUGACUCAAGGUGCCGCCCAGUGGUACGACUUAAAAGAUGAUAAGAGCAGCACCUAGUUGUCCCA